UCACUCGAGUCCCAUGGCCAUGCUCAGUUCCUGCGUGAAGGCCAUGUGCACGAACUCUGGCAUGUAGCAGCCCUGCCGGAGGGCACCGACGUGGGCGCGCCGCAGCAUGGGGGGGACCUCGGCCAUCGGCAGGAGGGCGAACUCCUCCAAGGUGAAUGUCCCCGCCGGCGGGAGGGGCACCAGGGGCGGGGGCAGGUUGGCCGCGGCGAAGGCCGGCGGGGGCAGUUGCACAUAGGGCCCAGCUGAGGGCAGGAUAACACACACAGAGGGAGGAAUGGAUGUGUGGCCGUCUGGCUGUGUGUGUGUUUGUGUGUGUGAGUGCGUACCAGGAGCCUGCAGGCCGUGUAACUCCUUGGCGGCGUGGGACGCCUUCUCGGCACGGGCGGCUUCCAACUUAUCAUCAUACUCUGAAGCAGCAACGGCAGACACACACACACACUCAACAUGCGUGUUGGAGAAUGCGCGCAUUCAUCCCUCCCGCCCCGUGUGUGUCGACUGACUGGCUGGGUGUGCUUACUGGCGUGGAACCGCCUGGCCUGGACUUUGAGAACGCGGUUGCGGACGCGGAUGAACUCGAGCCACUCGCGGUGGCUGUCGUCCUCCAACUCGAGCUUCUCCGCCUGCCGCGUCUGCACACACAGACCACGGAGAGAGACAUUCCAGCAAUGCAUCGCCAUGACAGAUUGCCUCCUCGCCAAUGGCAUGCAGCUGUGCAAUGACGCACACCCCUCCGUUCCAUGCAGACAGAAUGCACUGCGGCACGGCACUGCGCGUCACGCAUUCCUGGCUGUGUGUCGGUGGGGGGGCUGCCUCACCUCAAAUGGAAUGGCGUCCCACAACGCCGUCACCUCCUCGUCGCUCAUCGAGGGGCUGGCCUUGACGGCUCCUCAGGUGGGGCGCGCUCAUCGUCACGCGGCAGCAGCAGCACUGACAGUCGCACCGAACACUGCAACACGGAACAGCCGCCUUCUCUGGCCAUCUCGAUCUCCUCAUACCCUCUCAUGCUGCUGAUCUGCUCGCUCACGCGGGUGAUCUGCUCGCUGAGUCGAUGCACAUCCACCCCAUCGGCCCCACUCCCACCCCCAUCCCCGGCGUCGGCGGCAUCCAUGGCGUCGAAGACUGCAGGACCAGCAGCUCCCACAUACGCACACAACAUGAGUAUUGGAGAGUGAUCAAUCGCUUACUGGCGUAACAGCGGUCGAACGCCUCGAACAUCUGCUGCAGGACGGACCUGCAAACAGAAAGGACAAUGAAAGUGGUGCAUGGGCCUUGUUAGCGGCCAGCCAUCUUACCGGAUACUGUCGUAGUUGGGCUUGGCUGGCUUCUUGGCGGCUCUCUUGGCGGGCUUCUUGGUGACUUUCUUCUUCAUCGGCGCCUUGCGCACCUGCUCGGCCUUCGCCGCUGCCUUGCCGCGCUUGGGUGGGGGAGACACCGACCGGCCACGUGGCUUCGGCGCAGCAGACACCUCCGGACGAGCCUUCUUCUUGCCGGCCCGCUCCUCGUUCUCGUCCUCCUCGACUUCCUCAGCCAGAGGCGGCUUCCCGCCUUUCUUCUUGGGAGGAGAGGGGGAUCGUGGCCUGGCCUUCGUCUUAACUGCUGCGAGGGGCCGGGGAUGGGGGAUGAUGGAGGGCGGCCUCCUCCUGGGAAGCCUUCCACUUGCCUGCGCCCUGGCCGAACUCCUUGGUGAUGUCCCAGUUGUCCUUGUGGUGGUGGGCAUACGCCUCAAACAUGUCCCGCAGCAGGGACCUGCCAAAAGAAAAGACAAUGAGUGGUGGUGGGUCUUGUUUGAAACCAAUCUUUAAGGUACCGGAUGUAGCUGUAGUUUGGCUUGGUCUCGUACUUGUAGCUGUUGAGCUUGACCCACAGCUGCCGCUGCACACACCAGGGAGAGCAGGAGACGACAAGGGACACAAGAAGAACAAUGCACCUUCCUGUCUCACUCACACGCAUCUGGGGUGGCAUGGCCUUGGUGAGCUCGUCGAAGUCCUUCAGCAGCUGCUCCUCGGCCAGUGGGCUGGCCGGCUGGUGGCCGCGCGCAGGUUGUGUAAGCGAAGGGCGGGGGCAGCCUGGCUGGUGUGGACGGCCUCGACUUUGUCUUGAUGACCUCCUUCUCCUGAGGACACAAACAGCAAACAAGCACCCGUAUGUCGUGUAUGUCUUCUUGCGGUGCGGUUGGCCUACGGCAUGUCGACCAACAUCAUCUCGAGGACGCGGGAACGGCUGAGGCGUCGCGGGGGUGCUACCGCAAGGGCCGCAGCGAGCAGCGCAGCAGCUGCCUCUCCGAGAUUGGGGGCGAGGAAGGGAUCCUUCGUGGUCUUUAGAAUCUUCAGGCCUCGCGGAUUACACUCCAAUAUAAAUGUAGUGAUAUCUACCUCUGAUGUCUGGGCUUCUUCCGCGUCGGCUCCAGCCAUCCCGACGCCAGCUGUCGCGAGCAGCCGCUGCACCUCCCAUGACGUCUCUCGAUGGCCGCCGAAUUCGGCGGCCGAAUAUGCGGAAACACGCAGAGAAAAGAGAAGAGACACGAUGAAGUGCCUUUUCUGUCUCCCUUUCGCCCUCACCUACGUACGUACCUGGCAGGCCGCCGGGCGCAGAUCGAUAUGGAUUGAGUAGGUCCAUCGGGGAUGCAA